GGGGUGGAGCCCCAUCACUCACCCACCCCCAGGCCGGAGGUGUCCGUGCGUCUCUCAUCUCUUGUUAACAAGGACUUGUGGGGACAUGGCCUGAGAUCUUCUCCUCGGGUGGGGCAAACUGAACAGGAGGGCCUUGGUGUUCAGGCAAGAACCCACCCUGCCAAGCUGUCCCUGAGGGGCAAUGCCACGGAGGGGACUGAGUCCCUCGGCCACUGCUUGCUUGCAGGAGACCCUCAGCAGUUAGCGAGUUAGUCCCACCCGCCAGGUGCUGGGACUUAUCCCACCCACACCCCAAAUCCACUGUCCCCCCUUUACUGCAGGCAGGACUGAGGCUGGGGUGGGGCUGGGCUGCCCAUGGGCCCUGGGCCACUAUGCCAGCGCCUCGGAGACAGGGAAUGGCCUUGAAGCGGGCACAGACCAUGACUCAGCAGAUGCCCAGAGGCAUCCAGGGGGCUGGGGGUGCACUUGUCACGGCUUAGCUCCCUGGAGCUUGUGCACUGAAGCAGCACGGCUGGUUCAUACUCACCAGCCAGCUGGUCAGAAUGGGCCUGUCCCGCUGGGCAGCUCAUGUGACCAUGGCUGGUGCCAGAUGUCACCUCUAUCCUGGUCUCCAAAGAGGGCAGAUGAAGCAGAACAGGGACAGCAGACCGUGGUUUUCUGUUGGCACCAAAAUCGCUUGAGCUCUGAGCACUGCCCCCAGAGGACGGGUGCCCAGAUAGGCCUGCAUAGGCUGUGAGAAGAGAUGGUGCUGGGAGCAGGAAGGUACACAGAGAGGACGGCCCUACUUUGGGGGCCAGGUGGGGGUCCCCUGCAAUUCGAGGCUUGGGCCCCACAGGGAGGGUGGGAGCUGUGGCACGGCAGCAGGGAGGUGCCCGCCCUACCUGGUUGCAGGGCCGUGGUCUGCACACCCCGGGGCUGGCCUGCCAGGGUGGAGACAGCCCCAGAUGGGUGAAAAGUGCGAUGUGUUUGGACAGAGGAAACAGAGAGGCCCUGCUCUUCCUCUCAGCUCUGAAAGGAUGAGGUGGAGCCAGGCAUAAGGUGUCCUCCAGCUAGUGCAAGGGCCCUGCGGCAGGGAGAGCCCGCGAGUGGCUUAAUGAGAUUUAAGCUCGUUUGAUUCACCACAUCUGAAGUUUUAUGAGCAGGAGACUUUUCAGACGUGUUUUCACGGGACCCCCGGAUCCUCUCCACGGGAACAGCUUGUACCAGAAGGUGCGGGCAGCCGCCCAGGACUUGGGGGCUGCCUUGUUCUCGGACGCCUUGUCACCUCUGCCUCCUUCCCAGCCACCCAGGGCCCUGCCUCCAGCAGGCAUGGGCUCCCAGUCCAGGCCCCAGAGCUCCCUACAGGGCUUCGGCUACAGCAAGGAACGGGGCCACACAGGCUCUGCAGGCGAAGCCUUCCUGUCCACCAUCCAGAAGGCCGCAGAGGUGGUGGCCAGUGCCAUGCGCCCUGGGCCUGAGAGCCCCAGCUCCCAGAGGUCCCUUCUGCGAGGUGACGCCUACCAGCCGGCUGUGACACCUUCAGCCGGCCUCGGCCCUCCAACCCCUGGGAACCCUCUCCCCACAGCCGGCCCAGGUGCCCGAGCCAUGAGACACCAGCCUGGGCAGGCCGGAGGCGGCUGGGAGGAGCUGGACAGCAGCCCAAACUCGCAGGAUUCUUCCCAGGAAAAUGACGACCUGGGCAAGGCCUCGGACUCAGGUAGUCCGUCGGGCAGUGACAGCCCCUCAGGGGCCAGCCGGGCACCCAGUGACCUGGCAGAAAGGGUCGAGGCCGUGAUCCUGAGUGACUGCCAGCAGGAGCUGAACCUGGUCCGGGCCGUGACACGGGGGCCACAUUGCUUCCUGAGCCGAGAGGAGGUGCAGCACUUCGUCAAAGAGUGUGGACUCCUCAACUGUGAGGCCGUGCUGGAGCUGCUCAUCCGCCACCUGGGCGCAACCAGCGAGCGUGUGCAGAUGAGAGCCCUGGGUGCCAUCGCCUCCCUCGGGUGCACCGACCUGCUCUCCCAGGAGCGAGUCCUGCUCCUUGCCCGGCCUCGGCUGCAGGAGCUCAGUGUGGGCAGCCCUGGACCCGUGACCAACAAGGCCACCAAGAUCCUGAGACACUUUGAAGCCUCCUGCCGACAGUGGCCCCCUGCCCGGAGGCCCCCAGCCGAGCCUGGCCCCGCAGUCGCCCGUGUGGGCCCAUCAGACCUGCUGACCGACACCCUGCCUUUCACGGGGGGCCAGGGUUUCCUGCAGCCUCUGAGUUCAGCUCUGUUUUCGCCCAAGGGCACCGCUCCCCCAUCGGGGCUGCAGCCCGGCCCUGUGCCCCCGACUUCCCUGGAGGGCUGCCCCCUUCCAGCCCGUGCGGAUGCCAGGGAGGCCAAGACCAGACUGGCAGGUUCCAGAGAGCAGGGGGCUGGAUCCGAGCGGGGCCCGUUCGGCACAGACACUGCAAAGAGAGGGCCAGAGCUUGACCCGGGCCCCGGGGAUAGCUGUGACUCCUUGUUCGCUGGCAUGGAACUGGUGGCCUGUCCCCGCCUGGUGGGGGCCGGGACUGCUGCAGAAGAACCCCUCCCAGCCUGCCAGGCUCCCUGGACAUCGUCACAGAGGGUGGCAGCAAAGGAGCCUUCUGGCUCUGAGCCAUCAGCUUUCGCAUUCUUAAACUCAUGAUCUUGUCAGCCUGGGCCACUUGCAGAGUCUGUGUCCCCCAGCCCCUCACUCCUAGGACUCUGUGACUUUGUGCUGUCCCCAUGUGCCCACAGCCUCUGUGUCCCACCAAAGAGUGGCUCCCCUCAGGUGUCUGCAGUCGGCCUCGCCCUCCUCUGGCCUCCUCCCCUCACCCACUGAGGCCUUGGUGAGGGUAGCCACCCAGCCAGGUAAGCUCAGAGUGGACAGCCCACCCAGUGACGAGAAUAGCCACCAGUAAAACACAGAUAAUAUUUCAGGAGUCCACGAACCAGCAAGAGCCAGGCCGGCACUGCUGGAAGGGUCAUCCUUGCCCGUGGGGGCUACUCCCCAACCUUGUCCCUGAGGUGGGUUCCCCAUUUUUCUGCUGGGGGGCAGGACCCCCCCCCAGCCCACCCCGUGGGUGUGAUGGCCGAGGAGCAGCCCCCCAAGCAGCCCGCAGGACACACAGGGAGGGCGGGACGGGCACAGAAUGAGGAGCCGAGUGCUUGCUGAGACUGGCAGCCGGCGGGCCCUGGGCUGCCGGGUCCCCCACCUCACAGCCAUCUGGUCUGGCCGGAUGAGCACACCACCCGCUUUUCCCAGUUGCCAAAGGGAUCCUAAGGGAGGACAGUGGGGUGGGUGUAUGGCGUGGCCUGCCUGGAGGGUGUGGGCGGGAAGGCCUGCUGACCGAGCUCAGAGACCAGACGCCCCUUGGAACUGUCCUCAGUCCCCAGGGUCCUCACGGGCACACAGAGAGGGGCACCAGGGGGAGACAGACAGGUCCUGUCUGCAGGCUGAGCCCAGGCCCGGCCCCCAGCCAAGCUUCUGCUGUUUCCAGACGACAGGCCUGAGAGGAGGACCGCAGGGCCACCUCAGUCAUUCCCCCCUGCCCCCACUGUCUCCUUGGCCAGAGACUGGCCAUUUGGACUUGAAUUCCUAUAGCAGCAGGCAGGCACAGGGCCUCACAAAUGCUGACCUCGGGGUCCCCUGGGGAAACCCCUGCCUGCCUGGCCCUCAGAAACAAGGAUUUUUGGGUGGAUUUGGAAUCACUGCUUGGGUCUUUGAGGUCAGAUCCCUCUCUCAGCGGGGGUAGCGGGGGUGUCCUAAGCAGCGUCACACCUUCUCGUCCAGCAGGAUGGGGUCCUUUCCAGCACUGGGUCCCUGUGUGACCCGUGUCAGCUCCCCCCUGCCGUGACCACUGCCUGCAGACUGUACGGCCACCUCAGAGCAAUGGCUGUGGUCCUUCUUGGAAGAACUGGGGUUGACCUGGGGUCACACCUCCUACAUAAACACUGCU